CACAUCUCUUGCUCUACUCUCUCGAGUUCUCUCUUUCGAUCACUGUAACUGAAGACAACUCCAUUUUUCCCGUAACCCACUUCUGAUAUUUUCUGCGAUCUCUUGCGGCGCUGAUAUGAGCUAUGGCCGCCUCCGCUCCACUGAUUGGGUAUUUGGUGCCCUUGAACGGAAAACUAGAGGAAGAAGACAACCCAUUAAUCCCCAAAAUACCACUCCACAGAGGAAUUACUUACGUCGGCCGCGAUUGUAUUCCCGUCGCCGAUAAGCGCGUUAGCCGGAAACAUCUCGCCUUUAAUGCCUCCGCCGAUGGCUCCGCUGAUAUCGCCGUCGUAGGUACCAAUCCGGUUGUUUUGAGGGCCAACGGUACAAGAAAAAAGCUUUCUUCUGGAGAAAAAUGGAAAAUUCAAGCAGGUGAUGUAAUGGAGUUAAUACCAGGGCAUUACUUUUUCAAGUAUGUUCCUUUGUCUAGUAAUACAAUUGAAGAUUCUCCGAGUCGAGGUCGGGGAAAAAGGCCUUUGAGUGAUGACAGUAGUAAGGGUAAAGGCAAUGACGGUGCUCCGAGUAAGAAGAGAUUGCAAAAGACUAUUGUGGAAGAAGACCUUCCAAGAAACUCAAAUAAUGUGGUGAGCCAUAAAGAUCACAGGAGUGACGCCUCCUCGAACAAUAUUAGGCAUUUCCAUGUUUCGAAGGAUAAGUGGCCAAUGACUUUUCGACUGUUGAGAGUGAAAGAGUUGCCUGAAUGGGCGAAUACGAAUGCAGUUUCCAUUGGCGAUGUUAUUAAGGGGAAUGUGCUUUUCGCUGUCCUGUCAAAUUACAUGGUUGACAUUGAUUGGCUACUUCCUGCAUGUCCUAUGCUAAGAAGGGUCCCUCGAGUCCUUGUUAUUCAUGGCGAAGGCGAUGGAACCCUAGAGCAUAUGAAGAGAAGCAAACCUUCUGGCUGGAUUCUCCAUAAGCCUCCAUUGCCGAUUUCCUAUGGAACCCAUCAUUCAAAAGCCAUGCUGCUUGUGUAUCCACGAGGAGUGAGAGUCAUUGUGCACACGGCUAACUUGAUAUAUGUAGAUUGGAACAACAAAACUCAGGGAUUGUGGAUGCAAGAUUUUCCAUGGAAAGAUCAAAAAAGUGGAAGCAGCGGGUGUGGUUUCGAAAAUGACUUGAUUGAAUAUCUUGGAACGUUGAAGUGGCCUGAAUUCAGUGUCGACUUGCCAGCUAUUGGCAACUUCACCAUAAAUCCCGGCUUCUUUAGAAAAUUUGAUUAUAGCUCUGCAAAGGUCAGGCUCAUUGCGUCGGUCCCUGGAUAUCAUUCUGGCCACAGUUUGCGGAAAUGGGGACAUAUGAAAUUACGAACUGUUCUGCAAGAAUGCAUCUUCUCGAAGCAGUUUGAAAAAUCGCCUCUAAUUUAUCAGUUCUCCUCACUAGGCUCUUUGGAUGAGAAAUGGAUGUCCGAACUAGCAGCCUCGAUGUCUGCCGGUAUGACAGAAGACAAAAAACCAUUGGGUCCGGGGCAGCCUUUGAUAGUAUGGCCUACUGUAGAAGAUGUUAGAUGCUCCCUAGAGGGUUAUGCAGCCGGUAAUGCGAUUCCAAGCCCGCUCAAGAACGUGGAGAAGGAAUUCCUGAAGAAGUAUUGGGCAAAGUGGAAGGCAAGCCACUCGGGUCGCUGCCGCGCGAUGCCUCAUAUAAAGACAUUCGCCCGUUACAGUGGGCAAAACAUCGCUUGGCUACUCCUAACAUCCUCAAACCUCAGCAAGGCUGCCUGGGGAGCGCUACAGAAGAACAAUUCCCAAUUAAUGAUCCGAUCCUAUGAGUUAGGAGUGCUGUUUCUGCCCAUUUCCGGGAGAAACAGAUGCGUGUUUUCUUGCACGGAUGAUGCGCCUCUUCCCGUGGAUAAAUCGGCAACAGAAGCGAAGCAGACGAAACUGGUCAGCUUGGUUUGGAAGGAAAGCACAACCGAAGAACGUUGUGAAGUUGUUCGAUUGUCCGUGCCCUACGAACUUCCUCCGAAGCCUUACUCCCAUGGAGAUGUUCCGUGGUCGUGGGAUCGACAGUAUACUGAGAAGGAUGUAUAUGGUCAAGUUUGGCCUAGGCAGGUAAAGCUGUAUUCAAAUCAAGAUUUCUGAAUUGGUUACAAGUGUUUGUAGAUGAACAAAUCAAUCUUGUUACCUGCUGUUUGUAAAGCUGGAUUUAUCAUGAUCAGUUCAUGUCAAUUCUCAUCGACAACCAAAUUUGAAGAUUUCUCGGCCCCAAAUUUGGGUUUUAUUGAAAUAUCAAGAGGAUGAGAAACAACAUGAGAUGUA